UGUCUUACUGCGGUGAAUACUCGUAUCUGGGCCACAAAAUUAUGCGUGCGUUGUCUCGCAUUCGCAAAGGGGUAACAAGAUUGAUUACAGUCGGCCAGAAUGAUCGGUAUGUGUUUCCAAGCCUACUCUGCCCUGUUCGGUUAUCAAACCCAGCUGAUGUAUGACCACACCCAGCAUAAUAUACGACACAUGGCAUUGUAAAACAAACAGCUUCGCAUCAAUCAAACGAACGAAACAGAUACAGGGCUAAACAGAACGAGUUUCAACAUGAGCUGUGCUAAUGGUUUGACCAGCAAAGACCUGCCAGAUAUAGAGAGUCUGCUUGCCCUCAACCCACGCGUCAAAACAAGUGGCAGCCUAGUUCCGACGGCGGUGACUAAAUCGUUAAAGAAGCACUGGAAGCGAAACGAGGACGACCGUUCCUGCGCAGGUUGCACACCGCUCCUGAAUGACUUUUCGGACAUCAAGCACACGACCCUCUCGGAGCGGUCGGCUCUGCGCGAAGCUGCCCGAUGCCUGAAGUGUGCCGAUGCGCCUUGCCAAAAGUCCUGCCCGACGCAGCUGGACAUCAAGAGCUUCAUUACGAGCAUCGCCAACCGCAACUACUAUGGUGCGGCGAAGGCCAUCUUUUCGGACAACCCGUUCGGUUUGACGUGCGGUAUGGUGUGCCCGACUAGCGACCUGUGCGUGGGUGGGUGCAAUCUAGCCGCAGUCGAGGAGGGCCCGAUCAACAUCGGUGGCCUCCAGCAGUUCGCCACCGACGUGUUCCGGCGCAUGAACCUGCGGCAGGUGGUCCCCCCGAGCGCCCGUGCUUUGCCUCACCCAAACAAACGUAUCGUCCUGCUGGGCGGUGGGCCCGCAUCGCUGUCGUGUGCCACCUUCCUGGGGCGGCUCGGUUACAAGAACAUUACGGUUUAUGAGCGCCACCGGUACCUCGGAGGACUGAGCGCUGCCGAGAUUCCGCAGUAUCGGCUGCCGAUGGAGGUGGUUAACUUUGAGAACGACCUCGUGAAGGAUCUGGGGGUGUGCAUUGAGCUGGGGCGCUCGCUUUCGGUGAACGAUCUCACUGUCCAGCAGCUGUUGCAGGACGGCGCGGACUGUGUAUUUCUUGGGAUCGGACUGCCAGAGCCGAAGGUAGACGAGGUGUUUACCGGAUUAACCGCGGACCAAGGUUUCUACACUUCCAAGAGCUUCCUGCCACUGGUCUCCGACGCCAGCAAGCCGGGUCUCUGUGCGUGCAAGUCCCAGCUGCCCACUCUGACCGGUAACGUGAUCGUGCUCGGUGCCGGUGACACAGCCUUCGAUUGCGCUACGUCGGCGUUGCGGUGCGGUGCACGCAGAGUGUUUGUGGUCUUCCGCAAAGGUAACAACAACAUCCGAGCCGUGCCCGAGGAGGUGGACCUGGCGCGUGAAGAACGGUGCGAGUUCAUACCGUUCAUGACGCCAACACGGGUCAUUUUAAAGCAGGGCAAAGUAGCGGCCCUAGAGCUGUGUCGCACGGAGCAGAGCGACACUGGCGAUUGGAUCGUAGAUGAGGAGCAGGUGACGCGCCUGAAAGCAAAUCACAUCAUAUCCGCUUUCGGUUCCGGCCUGUACAACACGGACACAAUCGAGGCUUUGGCUGGCCUGAGAAUGAACCGUCACGGUCUGCCGGAAGUUGACCCGAGAACACAGCAAACCUCCCUGCCGAAUGUGUUUUGCGGUGGCGAUCUGGCCGGGACAGCCGAAACCACCGUGGAAUCGGUAAACGAUGGCAAAACGGCGGCCUGGUACAUGCACUGUCUGUUGCAGGGCCUUUCCUUCGACUCGCCGAUUGACCUUCCGUUGUUCCACACGGAGGUUGAUGAUGUCGACAUAUCGGUCGAGGUGUGUGGCAUUCGUUUCGAGAACCCGUUCGGACUGGCAUCGGCCCCACCAACCACCAGCACCGCCAUGAUACGGCGUGCGUUCGAGCAGGGCUGGGGAUUUGCUGUCACGAAAACGUUCGCCCUCGACAAGGACAUGGUGACGAAUGUGAGUCCCCGCAUCGUGCGCGGUGUCACUGCCGGGCAGCACUACGGGCCGCAGCAGGGAGCGUUUCUCAACAUCGAGCUAAUCUCGGAAAAAUGCGCCGAUUACUGGCUGAGCGGGAUCCAGGAGCUGAAGCGCGACUUCCCGCGCAAGGUGCUGAUUGCGAGCAUCAUGUGCACGUACAACCAGCAAGACUGGGAAGAGCUGGCGUCACGUGCCGAGGCAGCCGGAGCGGAUAUGCUCGAGCUCAAUCUGUCGUGCCCGCACGGUAUGGGCGAGUCCGGCAUGGGGCUCGCCUGCGGUCAAGAGCCGGAGCUGGUCUACAAUAUCUCGCUCUGGGUACGCAGUGCCGUCAGGAUACCGUUCUUCGUAAAACUGACACCCAACAUCACCGACAUCGUGGCGAUCGCGCAGGCCGCCAAGCGUGGCAAAGCUGACGGUGUCUCGGCCAUCAACACCGUCCAGGGGCUGAUGUCUGUCCGGGCAGACGGUACACCGUGGCCAGCCGUGGGGCUGAACAAGCGAACCACCUACGGCGGGGUGUCGGGCAAUGCGACUCGUCCGCAGGCGCUACGUGCCGUGUCCCUCAUCGCCAACAAACUGCCUGGGUUUCCGAUCUGCGGUAUCGGUGGUAUCGACUCCGCCGACGUGGCCUUACAGUUCAUUCAAUGCGGUGCACCGAUACUGCAAAUUUGCUCCUCGGUGCAGAACCAAGAUUUCACCGUCAUCGAGGACUACAUUACGGGGCUGAAGGCGUUGCUCUACCUGAAGGCUAGAGCGCCUCCUGGUUCCAAUGGACCCUGGGAUGGUCAAUCUCCACCAACUGCCAAGCUGCAGAAGGGUAAACCGGUGGUUCCGCUCCGUGGCCCGGACGGUCAGGUCGUGCUGCAUUUUGGCGAAUACAAAAAGCAGCGCGAAGCAGCGAUUGCCCGACAGCGACAAGAGCAUGGCCCCAUGUGGGAUCCAUGUUCCCAGAACGUUGCUGGCCGUGCCCACUCUAACCCUUCUAGCAUUGCCCCUAUUCCCAAGGUGCAGGAUGUGCUGGGCAAAUCACUACCAAUGCUAGGUGACUACAAAAAGCUUGACAACACCAAGCAGGUGGUCGCGCUCAUCGACGAUGAUCUUUGCAUCAACUGUGGCAAAUGUUAUAUGACCUGCGCCGAUUCGGGCUACCAAGCAAUCAGCUUCGAUCCCGUGACGCAUAUACCGCACGUGACCGAUGAUUGUACCGGUUGCAACCUGUGCCUCUCAGUCUGUCCCAUCAUCGAUUGCAUCAGUAUGGUCCCGAAAACGAUUCCACAUGUCAUAAAACGAGGCUUGCCGGGAGGUGGGACAGUUAAGGUUCACGCACUGACUCCAUCUCAAUAGCACAGUUUAUUACAGUUUUAUAUAUUUGGCUUUUGAUAAAUUACUUUUCUUUGAAGUAAGUAUGUCGAUUCACCGGCGACUGAUGUAUAAUCGAUCGUUUGUUUUGUAUAGUGCAUGUGCUUCAUAACUCUUGCACUUGCGAAAAAUGCUUAUUAAAAGUGGAACGCAUGAAAACAAAAAUGGGAAAAUAAAUAAAUCAGGUGUACUAUGCUGCUGUAAAAGCAUAUUUGCCUUCUCGAGCCACCGUUUUCUUUUCUGCCAAUUUUUUGUUAUCCGGCAUCACAACCACCGAGCGGCCCUGGUCAGCAAAACCUGUACAUGCGAUACUCGAAUAAUAUGGUUUAGCCAAAAGGUUUUUAUUUAACUUAAAGCAUCUUUAUUCAAACAAACACAUAGUGUUACUAUUUGAACAAAAUCUAAAUUAAUUGCAGAAAAUUGUGUUAGGACAAUCGCUGGGUUCAUGGCCAGCCAAAGUUGAUUCGUGAGAGCUGGUAAAAUUUUUGAUUGAAUGGUCUGUAAAACUUCCGGAGCCGGUUGAUGGCCGUUUCGUGUAUGUGGGGAUGAUUGCGUCCUUUCGUCUUGCCGAGGCAGUGCGGACCGGACCGUUCUUCCGAUUUCAACAGGCAGGGGAAUCCUUUCGUUGAGUUGAAGUAAAAAUGCUUCUCGUCCACUACCCGUUUCAACCCCAAGAAAUCUUGCACGCGCGCAAUCUCGACUGCAGGAUCAGCAAUCAGUCGCUCACCACUGAUGAAAAGCAGCUGUGACAAAGGGAAGCUCUUCAACCAGCGUUCCAAGUACUUGGCGUACACACCUAUCUUGACCGGGCCCCAGUUGGUAUCCACCACACCACCGGCGGACCCAUUCGUAAAGGCGAGCUCCUCAAAACGUUUCAUGUUGCUCUUUUUACUCUUUGCCUGGGUGUAAUCGGAAAUGGCGCGUGUCACUGGAUCCCGCACGACAACAAGUAGCUUCGUAGCAGGGUUCAUGUUAUAGACUCUUCGUGGGGCAUCGCGUGUGAUAAAAUAACUUG